UUAAUUAAUUCAAACAAAAUAUUUUUUUUAUUUAUUAUAUUUUUUAGAACAUUGAUUUCCAUCUCAUCUAACUCAUGAUUAGGAUGUUGAAUUGGAUUAGAAAUUAAUUUAUUAAGCUUUAUCCCCCUUAUCUCAAACCCCAAUAAUUUGUUAAACUCUGAAGCUUCUUUAAAAUAUUUCCUUACCCAAUCAAUUGCAUCAAUUAAUUUUUUAUUUUCUAUUUUAUUAUGUAUAUUAUCAUUUAAAAAUUUUUUUAUUGAUAAUUUAUUUUCAAUUAUUAUUAAUUCAUCUUUAUUAAUAAAAAUAGGAUCAGUACCUUUCCAUUUUUGAUUUCCUAAUAUUAUAGAAGGAUUAUCCUGAUUAAAUUGUUUUAUUUUAAUAACAUGACAAAAAAUUUCCCCAAUAAUUUUAAUUUCUUAUUAUAUAAAUUUUAAUUUAUUAUUUUUAGUUAUAAUUUUAAAUGUAAUAAUUGGUACAAUUAGAAGAUUUAAUCAAUCUUCACUACGUAAAUUAAUAGCAUUUUCAUCAAUUAAUAAUUUAGGAUGAAUAUUAGCAGCUUUAUCUAUUAGAGAAAAUUUAUGAUUAAUUUACUUAUUAUUUUAUUCUUUUUUUAUUUUAAUCAUAUGUUUUUUAUUUUAUACCUUAAAUAUUUAUUAUAUUAAUCAAUUAUUUAAUUUUAAUUUAAAUUUUUUUAUUAAAAUUUCAAUUUUAAUUAAUUUUUUAUCUUUAGGUGGAUUACCCCCAUUCUUAGGAUUUUUCCCCAAAUGAAUAAUUAUUAAUUAUUUAUUAUCUAAUAAUUUAUUUAUUAUUUCAUUUAUUUUUACCAUAACAAGAUUAAUUAUAUUAUUUAUUUAUAUUCGAAUUCUUUAUUAUUCAUUAAUAUUUUAUUCCAUUAAAUUAAAAUGAAAUAAAAUUUUUAUUAAAAAUAAUUAUUUAAUUUUUAUUAACAUUAUUAGAUUUAUCUCUUUAUUAGGAAUAAUUCUUAGAACUUUAUUUUUUUUAUAAGGUUUUAAGUUAAAUUAAACUAAUAAUCUUCAAAAUUAUUUAUAAAGAAAUGUAUCUUUAAGCCUUAGUAAAUAUUACACCUUAAAAUUUGCAAUUUUAUAUCAUUAUUGAAUAUAAGACUAAUAAAAGAGAAAUUUCCCGUAAAUAAAUUUACAAUUUAUCGCUUAACUCAGCCAUUUUAUUAAGCGAAAAUGACUAUUUUCUACAAAUCAUAAAGAUAUUGGUACAUUAUAUUUUAUUUUUGGAAUUUGAGCAGGAAUAGUGGGAACCUCACUUAGUUUAUUAAUUCGAACUGAAUUAGGAAAUCCAGGAUCUUUAAUUGGAGACGAUCAAAUUUACAAUACAAUCGUUACAGCCCAUGCUUUUAUUAUAAUUUUUUUUAUAGUUAUACCAAUUAUAAUUGGGGGAUUUGGUAAUUGAUUAAUUCCCCUAAUAUUAGGAGCUCCUGAUAUAGCUUUUCCACGUAUAAAUAAUAUAAGAUUUUGACUUUUACCCCCCAUCACUAAUAUUAUUAAUCUCUAGUAGAAUCGUUGAAAAUGGAGCAGGAACAGGAUGAACAGUUUAUCCCCCACUUUCAUCUAAUAUUGCCCAUAGAGGAUCAUCAGUAGAUUUAGCAAUUUUUUCUUUGCAUUUAGCUGGUAUUUCCUCAAUCCUAGGGGCAAUUAAUUUUAUUACAACUAUUAUUAAUAUACGAGUUAAUAAUAUAUCCUUUGAUCAAAUACCAUUAUUUAUUUGAGCUGUAGGUAUUACAGCUUUACUUCUUUUACUUUCCCUUCCUGUAUUAGCCGGAGCUAUUACCAUACUUCUAACAGAUCGAAAUAUUAAUACAUCAUUUUUUGAUCCAGCAGGAGGAGGAGAUCCAAUUCUUUAUCAACAUUUAUUUUGAUUUUUUGGUCAUCCAGAAGUUUACAUUCUAAUUCUUCCAGGUUUUGGUAUAAUUUCCCAUAUUAUUUCACAAGAAAGAGGAAAAAAAGAAACAUUUGGAUGUUUGGGAAUAAUUUAUGCUAUAAUAGCAAUUGGAUUAUUGGGAUUUAUUGUAUGAGCCCAUCAUAUAUUCACAGUAGGUAUAGAUAUUGAUACACGAGCUUAUUUUACUUCAGCAACAAUAAUUAUUGCCGUUCCUACAGGAAUUAAAAUUUUUAGAUGAUUAGCAACAUUGCACGGAACUCAAAUUAAUUAUAGACCUUCAAUACUAUGAAGAUUAGGAUUUAUUUUCCUAUUUACAGUAGGGGGAUUAACAGGAGUCAUUUUAGCUAAUUCAUCUAUCGAUAUUACCCUACAUGAUACUUAUUAUGUUGUUGCCCACUUUCAUUAUGUAUUAUCUAUAGGAGCUGUAUUUGCUAUUUUAGGGGGAUUUAUUCAUUGAUAUCCAUUAUUUACAGGAUUAAUAAUAAACAAUUAUUUAUUAAAAAUUCAAUUUAUUUCAAUAUUUAUUGGAGUUAAUUUAACAUUUUUCCCUCAACAUUUUUUAGGAUUAGCUGGAAUACCUCGACGAUACUCUGAUUAUCCUGAUAGAUUUAUAUCAUGAAAUAUUAUUUCAUCCUUUGGAUCUUAUAUUUCUUUAUUGUCUAUAAUAAUAAUUAUUAUUAUUAUUUGAGAAUCUAUAAUUAAUCAACGAAUUAUUUUAUUCUCUUUAAAUAUACCCUCUUCUAUUGAAUGAUACCAAAAUUUACCCCCCUCUGAACAUUCUUAUAAUGAAUUACCUAUUUUAAGUAACUUCUAAUAUGACAGAUUAUAUGUAAUGGAUUUAAACCCCAUUUAUAAAGGAUUAUCCUUUUUUUAGAAAUGGCAACAUGAUCUAACCUUAAUUAUCAAAAUAGAGCUUCCCCAUUAAUAGAACAAAUUAUUUUUUUUCAUGAUCACACUCUUGUUAUUCUAAUUAUAAUUACUAUUAUAGUAUCUUAUUUAAUAUUAAAUUUAUUUUUUAACUCAUAUACUAAUCGAUUUUUACUAGAAGGCCAAAUAAUUGAAUUAAUUUGAACUAUUUUACCAGCAAUUACAUUAAUUUUCAUUGCUCUUCCCUCUCUCUUCGAUUAUUAUACCUACUAGAUGAACUUAAUAAUCCAUUAAUUACACUAAAAUCUAUUGGACAUCAAUGAUACUGAAGUUAUGAAUAUUCAGAUUUUAAUAAUAUUGAAUUUGAUUCAUAUAUAAUUAAUUCAAGAGAAAAUAUUAAUAAUUUCCGAUUAUUAGAUGUAGAUAAUCGAAUUAUCUUACCUAUAAAUAAUCAAAUUCGUAUUUUAAUUACCGCUACUGAUGUAAUUCACUCAUGAACAGUACCAUCUUUAGGAAUUAAAGUUGAUGCUAAUCCCGGACGAUUAAAUCAAACUAGAUUCUUUAUUAAUCGUCCAGGUCUUUUUUAUGGACAAUGCUCAGAAAUUUGUGGUGCUAACCAUAGUUUUAUACCUAUUGUAAUUGAAAGAAUUUCAAUUAAAAAUUUCAUUAAUUGAGUUAAUAAUUAUU